GCCUUUUUACGCUCGCAAAUCAGCGCCGCCUGCCAAAAGCAAGCAACAAUAGAAACGUAGAUUGGGUGCUUCGCUCCUUGGCUGCUCAUGCCUUCUUUUGUUUUAUCGUGCUCCCACCAUCGACGCCAUCGCGACCAGGGCAACCACUGGCGCUGCUUCUGCCUGGCUCUGUUGCCGUUGUUUCGCUGUUUCUGCUUGUUGCUUGUUGCUCGUUGCUAGUAGAGUAGUCAGUCAGUCUGUGAUUGUGCUCUGCAUUAGCCAGCAGGCAGGCAGCAGUAGCAGCAGCAUCAGCAGUAGUAGUAGUCACUGGCCGUGUUUUGCGGCGAUCGCCAAAUCUCUCCCAACGUCUGUCGUCUUCUGUGUGCGCAUUUUGAUUUGUAUUGUGGAAAAUCCGUAUACGUGAACGUGAAUGUGAACGCCAUCGCCUCCUCCGUCGCUUUUAUAUUUUUAAACGUCUUCGUUUAGCUCUAGUAUUCGUACAUAGUAUAUUUAUUUAUUUGUUAUCGCAUUGGUUUUUAGUUGAGAGACUAGCCAACAAUUUCACAUUUUCAAAUCGUGCGCGCUUUGAACGAUAAGCUAAACAAAUCAAAAGAAAAUCCAGCGAAUCGAUCGACCGUAAACUAUAACUUUUGUGCAAGAUCGGAAGCUUUAAUGGAACGUGCCCUGUCCCAUGUGCGUGUGGAUUUCCCAUUGGUAUCGUCCGGAGACCGCAAACAGUCGGCCACACAACUGCUAAGCCCGUAGAAAGUAGUGGAAGGUGGAUGAAAAAUGAUACGCGACGUUUCAACCUCGACCAUUGGCCGAGAUGAGGCCAGACGACCUCUUAUGGAGGCAUACAUGUUUCAGCGUCGUGUCCUCCUCGGCUGUAGCUUGUUGAUGGUUCUCUCGCUCAUCAUUUGGAUUGUGGCCAUUUCAACGGAUCACUGGAUUAUCAUAUCUGGCGGCACAGGCAUCUUCAUACCGGAAUCGAGACGCUUCUUUAUGUCUUCACACUCAGGACUGUGGCGCCAUUGUCGCAACUCGAUCGUUCCGAAUGCCUUGAGCAAUGCCCAGGUGGUGCGCAAUUUUAGCUCCAUGUCGUAUACCUCGCAAACAUUAAUCAAUGAUGCCAAGCGUAAUCUCUCACACAUGGAGUUCAUUCGAAAUUUCGCUGCAGAAAAGCUAGAUGCAUCGGAGAAUUUUACUGAGGCUGCAAGACGUCACAUGUUUGCCCAUUGGGCACGUGGCGAAGAAGAGGAGUUCCAAACUUAUCGUACAGCCUUCCAUAAGCUUGUCAUAUCCGCUGAGCUGGGUCAGCACGAGUUAAAUGCGACCUUAGCCAAACCCAUUGAAAUCAAUCCGCUCGACGUUAAGGGCAUCAUUGAACGGAAAACAUUUGGAACAGCGUUGCAGAAGGUCAAGUAUAACAACACCUGGUCAUACUAUGUAAUACCAGAGGUGGCACAGCUGUCCAUAUUUAGUAACUGGACGGAUUAUCCGCUGGUGGUGCGCCUAUUGGGCACCUACAUUCGAGACAUUGGCAUUCCCGCCUAUGUGCUCAACGAUGAGCGUGUCAUAUUGAUACUGGUGCCCCCGAAGCCGCCCAAGGGAGGCGGGCAGACUAACUUCUACAGCUAUAUACCCUACCCGCGUUGCAAGUACAUCGACAUGUUCCCCAACUCCAACACGCUGCGCAGUGAACCAGGUUUCGAUGACGAGUUAAUGGUGAUGUGGUACCCCAUUGCAGAUUACAUACGGACGCAGGCAUCUUUUGCCUGCAUCACGCUAUUCGUCAUGAGCCUGGGAGCAGUGUUCUCCUUUUAUACGUUUAUGAAUCCACGCUACAUGUUCAAGCGUCUGGCUGGUGGCAUUCAUUUGGUAGCUGCAUCCACAGCUCUGGUAGUAUUGCAAGUGUUGUUCUCCUCUAUCGACUACACCAGUACACAUUUGUUCUAUGCAUAUCCGGAUGGUGCGGAAUUGACUUGGGGCUACGGCGUUUUUCUGGCGUGGUUUACAUUUGGGGUUAAUAUUCUGUGCGGUUUAAUGUUCCUGUGGUAUUCGGGUAAGAAGAAGGGUGCUAAAGCACCCAAUGAUGAACUUGCUAUGGCGGAUGAACCCACCAUAAUGGGCAGAUAAGAUCGGUCAUCUUCUUCACCUGGCCAUCAAAGACCAUUGAAAUCGACACUACUGUUGUAGUUUCACUUUUGUUACUUGUUAUCUUCUUAAUAAUACAUACAUAUAAUUCGAGACUUUAGUUAUUAAUAAUGUAAAAAAUUCACAGCCCAAUAAAUAAAUCUCUCGUUUAACUGUAA